AUGAUGUUUCCUUUAGAGUUCCACCACGAUCUGGACGCUGCCGAAGUCCUUCCCUUGCUUGUCCUUUUCGCGUCCGCCGGCGUUCUCGCGAUCGUCGUUUAUCGGCUUCAUUUCCACCCGCUCUCAAGAUACCCCGGCCCACAGGAUCGACACAUUUGGCUAUGGCGUCUUCAAGAGGAGUACGGCCCAACUUUUCGAUACCGGCCAGAUAGCAUCCUCGUAAACACCCCCUCGGCAUACACCCAGAUCUUCGGGCCCAAGGGCAAUGUAAAGAAGGGACUGUACUAUCAGGUGUGGCCUCGCCACGCAAAGGCCAUCACGACAUGGAACUCCAUCGACUUCGCCGUCCACAGCCACAAGCGGCGCGUGCUGAACCACGCCUUCUCAUCCAAGGCGCUGCGCUCUGCCGAGCCGUUCGUGCUCUCCAAUGCUGACAGGUGGUGCGAGCUGCUCGACCAGGAGGUCAGCGCGGGCGGUGAAUGGUCAGGUUCCGUCAACAUGACCGACUGGGUCAACUACCUCGUCUUUGACAUCCUGGGCGACCUGUGCUUCGGCAAGUCUUUCGGCAUGAAGGAGCCGGACGGGCCUAUGAAAGAGGCACCGCACCUGAUGGCGGACAUGCUGACGCUGUUGAAUCCGAUCGCCUUCGCGCCUUUCACUGCACUCUGGGUCUGGCUGAAGCCAAGAGGCCUGGACUCGCUCCUCGCCGUCGCGACGCCUCCGCCCGUGAAGAGAUGGGGCGACUUCGUGACCAAGUGCCUCUCGGACCGCACAAAGGCGGAGCAGGAGGCGCAGAGGCGAUUGGCUAGCGACCCGGACUUCGAGGUGCGCAAGGACUUCUUCCAUUAUCUGUUCCACGCGCAGGACCCGCAGACGGGGAGGGGAUUCCCCAUGGAGGAGCUGUGGGGCGAGGCGGAGUCCCUGAUCAUUGCUGGCUCGGACACGACGGCCAUCGUGCUCACGGCGAUGUUCUUCUACCUGGCGCGGAAGCCGGACGUUCAGGCCAAACUCGCCGAGGAGAUCCUAUCCACAUUCCACAGCUUCGACGACAUAGCAGGAGGGCCAAGCCUCCACGGGUGCAAGUACCUCAAGGCCUUCAUCCAGGAGUCCCUCCGCAUGGCCCCUCCCGUCGGCGCCGAGCUGGACCGCGAGGUCCUCAAGGGCGGCACGGUCGUCGACGGCGAGUUCGUGCCCGAGGGCGUCAACGUCAGCGUGGGCCACUACUGCCUGAGCUACAACAAGGACAUCUUCCCCGAGCCGCUCGAGUUCCGGCCCGAGCGGUGGAUCGUGGGGGAGAAGGGGGCGUCGUCGGCCGAGAGCGUGGCGCUGGCCGAGAGCGCGUUCUGCGCGUUCUCGACGGGGUCCAGGGGGUGCCCGGGCAAGAACCUCGCGUGGCUGGAGAUGAUGAUCGUCAUGGCGAAGAUCGUCCACAGGUUCGAGGUGAGGAGGGACUUUGCGGACAACCUGGGGGGUGGGAGUCCAGAGGGGAGGGUGGGCCGUCGGAAUGUGGACCAGUAUCAGACGUAUGAUGCGUUUGUGUCGCUGAGGCAGGGCCCGAUGGUGCAGUUUAAGAGAAGGCAGCUGGUAUGA